ACAUCCAAAGAGCCGCCGCCAAAUUCUUCAUUGCAGAUGUUCACGCACGCAACACACAAAUUACAAAACAAAAUUAGUUUAUGUUAAAUUAAUACUUAAAUAAAGUGUUAAGAGAUGAAGUCAAGUUAACGGUAACACUAUUUACUUAUUUACAAUAAUCUUGCGAUUUGAAAAAGUCAUAAAGGUUUGCGAAAAAACUGCAUCUAAUGCGCGCGCAUUUUAUUGCUUGAUGCCGCCGCAUCGCAUAGAAAAAAGUGCCACAUUUCAAAAGGUAAUUGCACGAUUAAAACUUGUGGUUGAACUGCUGAAGGAUGGCAACAAUUAACUCAAAUACGGUGCAUAAGAUCAACAACAGCUACGAUUCGGAGCCAUCCACGGGCAGCGGGUCUUCGCUCAGUGAAAACAAUGAGGGCCAUAUAUCUGACGAGGAGAACAUGAAUCUGCCAUAUAUGCUAAAGCCAAAAAUACUGAGCCAAGACUCUGCCAACAAAUUGAGUGCCCAAGGCAGCCAGGAGUCGCAGUUUCGAGGAUUCGGCGACAGUCCGUAUGGCCAAGUGAACAAACAACUUUACGGCUCGCAGCUGCAACAUCUGCAGCUGCCGGAGCCAGAGAAGCAACCAGAGAAGCUGGUCUCAGCAAAGCGCGAGUCGCCGGGCAUGAUUGUCUUUCCCAGAUUCUAUGACAGCGUCUUGGAGGAGAAUAGCUGCAACGCAGUCGAUAUCCCAACCACGACUGUCGCAUCCAUAACAAAGCCAACUGUAGACAAUUUGUCCUUUGAUGGGAAAAUCAAGAGUCUGACUGAGGCGCCUAGCAGUUCGCGCAAUGCACCCCAGCAGAUGCCACAGCAGCAGCCGAAUCAGCUGUCGGAAUCGUUUAUACUCAAGAAAAUAAACAACGAACGCUCGCCUGAUCUCUUUGCCGACAGCGAUGAAGAUGAGGCUGACGACCAAGUCGACAAAGGAUUGGGCACUAUGCUGGAGGACUUGCCCGAGGCUCUGGAGGAAAGCCAAUGCGUUAGUGAGGUGCCAACGACGAGCCAAAAUGCCAGCGGACGAUACUCUCUGAACGCGCCCACGGAAUCUAGCUUUGUGGACGAGCACACGCAGGAGACUCAGCUAACGAGCAAUGACCCGCGCACCCACUUUAUUGAGAAUUGUAGGCGGGAGCGUGAGCUCUAUCGACGCAUACGUCGCUGUUUGCAGGGCAUACGCCCGCCACCCACCGUGACCACGCCCGACAUUGAUGUCAUCAGCAAGGUGGUGAAUAUGAAGGAAAAUGUGCUUAACUUCUUGUCAGCAACCACGCCGUCCAGCAUUGAGGAUAGUGGCAUAUGCACCACGCCCUCACUGUUCAAGCCAACCCACAGUCUGGCCGAGGCGCAGGGUAUGAGUUGGCGCGAAGUGCUGGGCGUACGCCAGCAUGGGCUUAGCUACAAUUUAAACAAGGCUGCCGAACAAAAUGAAUACCUCAGUCUGUCCGUGGUAGAGCGCUACGUGGGUGCAGAGACGGCAACGUCCUAUGUACGAUCGCCAUCCAGUGCCAAGAAGCGCAACAUGCGCAUGAAAAUGCUUACACAAUCGCCGGGCAAUCGGCUCAGUCACUUGGCCAAACGCCGAGCCAUAUUUUCUUCAGCAAACCUGGCCACAAACUCCAUUAAGCUAAACAAUUCUAUAGGUCCACAAAUACUACUAGAUAAAAAAAAAGAGCGAAAUAAACGUAAAGCAACACCAAAACGUAAAACACCCGGAAGCAAAAAGAAAGCACGCAAGACGCCAUCCUCCUCAGCACGUAAGCGCCUUUAUCGCACUGAUCUCAUUAAGCCGGGCCCGUCGCGUGAGACUUCCAAACGCGCGCUGUUCCAAAGCCCGGCCAAGUCACUGCAACAGCAACCGAUACCGCCCAAGCCGCUCUUCAAGCCGGAGAUAGCUAAUCGUGUGGAGAAGUCAAAGCGUGCGCUCUUCUCGCCCGACAAUGGCAGCCAGCAGCAAAGCGCUGCAAGUGCUGACAGCGUGAGCCACCAGUUGGAGACGCUGCUCAAGCGCAAACGCAAUGCUCAUGACGACGAGGAGGAUGCCGCCGAGCUUGCCAGCCAGAGCAGAAAGCUCUUCCGCACUGGCGGCUCAGGCAGCAACGGCUUAACGCCUCGCGCCCUCAAAAUAAAGAGUCAAAGCUUUUGCAUUGGAGCUGGUUCCUCCACAUCAGCAGCUCACUACAGUGUGGCGUCCAGCUUGCAGCCAGCUGUUAGCUCUGGCAGCGCCAGCCGACUAAGUCUUGGACUCAGCGGCAGCAGCAGCAAUUUGACCACCAACACAACAACACCUGGCAGCAAGCUAAUGCGCGCCCAUUCAGAAAUGAGCGCAACCCCGCAGAGCGCCAUGACGGAUAAUCAGCGAAAGAAACUGCUGUGGGCCGUGUCGCAGGCGCUGCAGGAUAGGAAAAUAUCGGUCAAGCACGAGAAUUUCCGGCAGCACGCAGCGGACUUGGCGCGCAUUGUCAAACGCAUUUUUCAGGAGUUCCAUCAAGGGCACACGACAAGCAACAGCGAGACGUUGCUACGGCUGGCCAAGAAGUAUGCGUUCAGCGUGAUUGCCGGCAAGCAGCCGGAUGACAUCUACUUGCAUGCCCGUAAUCACGAGAGUGAAGCGAAACGACAGUCCAGCACUCGACUUUCGGGCUACAUUGGGCCCGAGGAGUUUGCGCAGCGUAAGCUUCUUCUGUCUCAAAGCUCCGCUCAGUCACAGUCGUCGAAUGCUGGUGGCUCCAUACACAACCUGUUUGGCAGCGAGAACUCUGUCGACUCAUUAGGCUUCAGUCAAAUGAGCCAAAGCAAUGGAGCAUCCAACUCGACCACACAGUCCAGUUUUAUGGAACGCAUCUCUGAGGAUUUGUUCUGUAGGCAACAGCAACAACAGCUGCCCAUACAGCCGAAUCCUUCGCUGCACAACAGCUCAUCCAAAAGCAAUUUGGGCGGCCUGGCACUGCGCGAGAAUGUGCACUGCGAGCAGCGCCGCUCGGCGCAGAAGAACUUCACCGGCAAGGAUCAGCGCAAUAUCAGCCCCUAUUUUGGCGGUGGCAACAGCAACGGGUCGGCACGCAAAAUUCAGCCGAAUGCAAGCUCCAGUGGCGGCUCUGGCGUCAAGGCGAAACGCCAAAUAUCCUUUGAUAGCUAAAUUUUUUCCUUUUUUUUGAAAACUAUUUAUUUUUAACAAAGUGUUCUAUAUUUCACGGGUUGUUUUCUAGCCUAAUUUAAUUUUAUUUGGGGUACUCCGACUCUACCCGAGUACCCCAAAAA